UGUUGAGUGUGACUGAAAUGAAUGUUGUAGAUAAAGAAAUUCCUUUAGAAAAUGCAACAGCUCCUAAGACAGCUAUUGCAGUACCUGACAUAUCAGGUCAGGAUGUAGCAGUAACAUCAGAAGUUGUUGUAGAUAUCAAUGUAGGCGAUGUAAAUGUGUUGAAACUUGAUUUGUCUGAAGCUAAAGUAAAACAAAGCACACAUGAAAGUGUAAUUUUGAGAGAAACCACUGUUGGAGAGAGUGAGGGUGAGUACAUUGCUGAUUUACUUCCAGAAACUAAAAAAGCUAAACCAAAUAUUGUAGAAGGACAUAGUACAUCUGUCAGUAGUGUAGUCAUCAUACAAGACAAAGAAAGUAUACUCUUAACACCUGACAAACCCAAAGAAAGAUUAGCCACACCAAAUAUUACAAGUCAAGAAAUAGCAGAAAAAACAGAAAUUAUACUUGGCAGUAGCUUAGAAUUACUUAAACAUGAAACACCCACAAGUGCUCAGGCCACUGCAGAACAACUUCCAUAUCACAGUAUUAUUCAGUCAGAAACAUCAUCCAAUGAACUCGAAGGUCCAAUACAACUGCCAAUAAAACCUGAGUCUAAGAUAGCAGACAUAUCAUUUGAAGGCAUUCAAGCAGUGUCUGUAUAUGAAGUAUCUACACAAGAUGGAACUAGUCAGUUAGCUCCUGAAAGUAAACCUGAGGAUCACUUCGCUUCAGCUGGAAUUUUAUCUAGACAAGUGGCACAGAGUACUGUUAUUGUUCCAGAAAGUUCUGUUGGUACAAUUAAGUUACAGACACCAGCCAAGGUCCUAGCAAGCCUAGAGCAAAUUCCUUUCGAAAGUAUCUUAACAAGUGUUGUAUCUACAUCAGAAAAAGAGUCUAGUUUUGAAAAGCAGUUAAAACUUGAUUUUAACAGAGCCGAGAAAGCUUUUGAGGAAGAGAAAAGUAUUUUUAUUUCUGAAGUUACAGUUGAAGACAAAGAAGGGGAGUUAGCUCAGUUUACAAGACCAAAAGAAGUAACAGCAUUAGCAGACAUUUCUGCACAAGAAGUAGCUGAAAUGUCAGAAGUAUUAACAGAAUAUAGUGUUGGUGAAAUUCCUACUUUUGACAAGCCUGCAGUAAAAGCCCAGGAAGAACAACUACCUUUUGAAAGUAUUAUUCAGAUCGAAACAUCAGUUCAAGAAAGUGAAGGUGUUUACAAAUCUAGAGAAGCACCAUUAUCAUCAGUUGCAGAUAUAGGUGUGGUUGAAGAGAAAGGUGUCAUAAUAACAGAAGUAACAUUAGAAGACAAGGAAGAUCAAUAUACGUCACCAUUGUUGCCUGAAACUAGGAAAGCUGAACCAAGCUUUAUUCCAAUUGAACUCUAUCAAAAAGCAGAAGUAGUAGCAGAGGAUUCUUUUGGUGAAAUAACUGUAACUGCUCCAGAAAAGACAUUUGCUAAGUCAUUACAAUCAACACUGCACAGUGUUGUACUUAAACAAACAACUGUUGGAGAGUCUGAAGCACCACUUGAAGAAUUUAUAAAACCUUUUUCAAAAACGGCUGAAGCUAAUUUUGAAUCUGCCAAAUCAGGGAUAACUGUAAAUGAAAUCACAGUUCAAGAAAAAGAAAGUGAUCUGAUUGGUCCUAUAAAACCUUCUGAAUCGAGAGCAGAAAAAUCUUUACUAACAAGGGAAAUAGCUUGUAAAUCUGAAGUAACUGUAGAAAGCUCUGUAAAGGAAUUUGAACAAGAGCGUCCUAGUAAAGUAACUGCAUCAGUUAAUCAAACACCUCUACAGAGCAUAGUGCAGCUCGAAGUAUCCCUUAUAGAAAGUGAAAGUGAGUAUCAAGGUCUAACUAAACCAGAGACUAAAACUGCUGGUAUAUCUUUUGAAGAAGGCCAAGGAGUGUCAAUUGUAGAAGUUGUGGUUGGAGAUUUGGAGAAUACUUUCUUACCAGGAGAGACACCAGGUGCAAAAAGUGCCACAGUUAACGUGUGUGGUAGAGAAGUAGCUGUUAAAACUGAAGUUUUAACUGAAUCCAGUGUAAGUGAAACUCCUAAAGAAGAAUUCCAACCAAUAAAGUCAGUCAAUGUCCAACAAAUUCCUUUUGAGAGUGUCAUUACUACAAAACCUAUUGUAAAUGAGAAAGAAUCAGUAUUAUAUGAAUUUAAGUCAGAUGCUCAAAUGGCAAAUAUUGCCUUCGUAGAAGGGAAGGGAAUUAGUAUUACUCAAGUUUUAACUGAAGACAAAGAGUCUCAGCUGCAACUACCAGAAAUACCAAAGAAGCAAACUGCUACAUCUGAUGUUUUAGCUCACAAUAUUGUUGAACAAUCAGAGGUACAAAGUGAAUAUUCUCUUAGUGAAAUAACUAAGUUUGAUACAAAAUUGGUAGAGGCCACAUCAGAACAUACACCAUUAGAAAGCAUUGUAACCACAAUACCCACUGUUGUUGAAAGUGAACAGGUGUUUCAAAAACAUUUCAAACCUGAAACCAAAGUUGCACAUUCAGUUUUAGAAGAGAAACAAAGUGUUAAUGUGAUAUUAACUACUGCUGGAGAUAAAGAGACUCAAUUUACUGAGGUUGAGAAACCUAAAGAGAGAAUAGCAUCUCCUAGAGUAUCUGAACUUGAGGUUGCAGAACAUACUGAACAAACAUUACAUCAAACUGUUGGAGAGUUUGAACAUCAAAAACCAAUUUUAUCAAAGGCUAGUUCCCAGCAUACCACUUUUGAAAGUGUAAUUCAAACUGAAACAAUAGUAAGAGAAAGUGAAGGUAAAUUUGAUACUAAUUUGAAACCAGAUAAAAGAAAAGCCAGUAUGAGCUAUGAAGUAGGGCAGAGUGUAACUAUAUCUGAAAUUACGUUAGGUGAGGCAGAAUCAGAUUACAUUGGUCAAUUAAAACCAAAAGAUAAUAAAGCGAAAAUGGUUCUGAGUGAUGUUCAAGAAGUCGCUAAACAAUCACAAAUUAUACCAGAAGACUCAGUUGGGGCGCUUGUUGAAAAUAUAAUGGUUAAAGAAUCAGCAGUAUCAGAACAAGCAACACAUCAGAGUUUAACUGUACUUGAAAAUUUAGUUGAAGAAAAAGAAACUGAAUUUUCUGUUCUAUGUAAACCCGAUACUAAAAGGGCAGGUGUUGCAAUUGAAAAGAGUCUUAAAGUUCAGGCAACCACUGAAGUUAUUCCUGAAUACAAAGAAGGAGGUUUAGCUCCAUUAGAUUUACCAGAAGAAAGGCGAGCUACACCUGACAUUGUUAGUAGGGAAGUAGCUGAAGUAUCAGAAACUCUUUCUCAAAUUAGUAUUGGAGAUGUUGUUUCCACAAAAACUAAAACAACCACAGCAAUUAGAACUCAAACUCCUUUUACCACUUCAAUUCAGGAACAAGUUAUUGUACAAGAAAGUGAAGAACAAUUUGUUCAUACCAUUGCUCAAACUAGAAGAGCUAGCUUAGUAUUUGAAGAAGGAAAGGGUGUAGUUAUAACAGAAAUUACGGCUGAAGAUAAUGAAAUGCCUUAUAUGUGUGAUAUUCCUAAACCUCAAACUGCCCAUCCUGAAAUUUCAGUUAAAGAAGUUGUGGAAACAUUUGAGAUCUCUCCUGAAAUGCAACCAUCUGAAAUCAUAGUUGAAUUCCCAGAUGAAAUUGUGGCUAAUGUUGAUCAGACUCACUUAACCAGCCUUUUGCAGAGCGAAGUAGAUGUAAGAGAAAGUGAAGUUGAAUUUAAAAGUGUUAUUUUUGAAAAGAAAACUGCUGAAUACACAUUUGAGGAGGGUAAAGGGGUUAGUGUUACUAUUGUUACAUCUGAAGACAAAGAAGACUCUCUCAAACCUCUUGAAAAACCUGCAUUGAAACAAGCAGUGCCUGGAGUGAUCAGUAAAGAAUCACUUCAAACAAGUGAAGUUCAGGCUGAACAAACAGUUGGUGAAUUAAAACACCACAAGCCUAAAGAAGCUAAGGCUAAAAAAGAACAUCCUGUCAGUGAGAGUGUAAUCGUGAUUCAAAAUAUUCCUCAAGAGCAGGAGGAAACAAUGGAAGGAAAACCAGGUGCUCCCACUGCUAAGGCACAAAUAGACUUCACACUAAUGAGAGAAGUUGCAGAAAAGUCUGAAGUAAUCACUGGAAUUCACCCUAAAAAAUUAGAAACAACUAAGCCAGCUGAGUCAUUUGCAAAGGCUGAAACUAUUGUAAUGGAAGGCAUAAUUCAAUCAGAGGUAAGUGUAAAUGAACUUGAGGAAGAAUUAAUAAAACCUGAUCUUCCAGCCAAAAGAAGAGCAAGUGUUAUCAAAGAUGUUCAAGAAGGCAUUAAAGUAGCACAAACAGUUGUUGCUGACAAAGAAGGUAUCCAUGAAACUCAGCCGUUGCCCAAACAAGUGAAGCCCUCCUCUCUAAUAUCUGAACAAGAGACAAUAGUACAAACAGAAGUUUUAGUUUCCUCCUCUACUUCAACUCUGAAGAAGGACAAAAUGCCUGAGGCAGUAAAAAUUAAGCCAGGCCAAAUUCCAUUUGAAAGCCUUGAAACCUCUAUAACGACAGUCCAAGAACAAGAAGAAAAUAUUGAAGUUUCUUGGAAACCUGCAAUAUCAAAAGGUGUAAAAUCUGUUCAAGAAAGUCAAAGCAUAAGUGUUACUGAAAUUGUCACUGAGGAGAAGUUGCACUCAGACAUAACACAAGAAAAAAUACCAAAAGAAGUAGCUGAGACAAAGUUUAUUGACCAGGAAGUAGCAGUGAAGAGUGAAGUGAUAGCUCAACUUCCAGUGACUCCAUUCGAUGUGUCAGUACCGACUCCAACAGUUGCUAAACAGUCUACACCCACACAACAUCACUUGAUCGUGACAACACACGACACUGGUGAAGUGGAAGAUAGUCUGUCAGCCGUGGUCACACCUGCUGCCAAGAACAUUCCCAUUGAUGUAGAAGAACACAAAACUACAUUGUUGGUCACUCAUGUCCAUCCAGAGGAGGUUCCAGGUGUAAUGAAAGAGACUGCCAAAAAACCAGCACACACACCAACAGCAAAACUACAAGAAACACCAUUAAAAAUGGUACUCAUAAGCACACCAGACAUCACAACAGAAAUACACAAACCAGAAAAAGUUUUCACCACAGAUACUUUUAAUACUACAACACAAGACAUACCAACACUACAUUUAAUAAAGAAAUCAGAAUCUGAUCAUUAUGAGAAAACAACAAAAUUUAUACGUAAAUUUAAGGAUGUAAAGGAAAAAGUGCCCGAUUAUAGUCAAGCUACCUCACUUCUGGAGGAAGGUAUUGAACCAUUUCCUAAGUUGGAGAAUGUAUUACCCGAAAAGAUUGAAGAUAUGCCUGAAGAGGUAACUGUUACUGACACUGUAGUAAUCACACCGGAAAAGAAAGAUCGUGUGAAAAAGGCACAAAAACGUGUGAUAAAGAAAAAGAAAGAUGGCAAGCAGGAGGUUUCCACCGAAGAAGAGGAAACGAUAUUGGAUCGUGAGUCGCUAAGUUCAGUGAAACCAGAGGAAGAAGGAGUGACAUUUGAAGAAGUAAUUGACAUGCCAACUGAAAAAGAGUAUUUGCCUGUAAAAGCAACAGUCAGGGACAUACCUGAAGUGACAACCGUUGAAACAACAACGGUCGUUACUAAAGUGGGUGAUAAGAAGAGAGUUUCUAAGAAGAGAGUAAUCAAGAAAGUAAAGGACGGUAAAGAGAACAUACAACUCUGUGAGGAAACUCCGCAAGAAGGUGAAAUACUCGAUGAAACAACACAACCUUUGCCUGAGCUUGAAGGAUUGUUGCCAGAAAGUAUUGAAGACAUGCCUGAAGAAAUAACCGUAACUGAUGUAGUGGUAAUUACCCCAGAGACAAAAGAUAAAAUAAAAAGAACUCAAAAACGAGUAGUGAAAAAGAAGAAGGAAGGGAAGCAAGAAACGUCAACAGAAAAGAAGGAAAUGGUGGUUGAUAUUGAGGUAUUGAAAAUAUUAAAACCAUAUGAAAGUGAAGUAAUCUUUGAGGAUGUAUCGGAUAUUCCCCAUGAAACGACAGACGUUUUACCUAUGAAAGUGGAAAGCAGCCAACUACCCGAAUUGACUGAGGUAGAAACGAUCACAACUGUCAAAAAAGAACAAGGCAAAAGAAAGGUAAUAAGGAAGAAAAUUGUCAAGAAAACUAAAGGUGGUAAAGAAGAUAUCCAAUACAUCGAUGAGAAGCCUGUGAUUCUGGAGGAAGGUAUUGAACCAUUUCCUGAGUUGGAGAAUGUAUUACCCGAAAAGAUUGAAGAUAUGCCUGAAGAGGUAACUGUUACUGACACUGUAGUAAUCACACCGGAAAAGAAAGAUCGUGUGAAAAAGGCACAAAAACGUGUGAUAAAGAAAAAGAAAGAUGGCAAGCAGGAGGUUUCCACCGAAGAAGAGGAAACGAUAUUGGAUCGUGAGUCGCUAAGUUCAGUGAAACCAGAGGAAGAAGGAGUGACAUUUGAAGAAGUAAUUGACAUGCCAACUGAAAAAGAGUAUUUGCCUGUAAAAGCAACAGUCAGGGACAUACCUGAAGUGACAACCGUUGAAACAACAACGGUCGUUACUAAAGUGGGUGAUAAGAAGAGAGUUUCUAAGAAGAGAGUAAUCAAGAAAGUAAAGGACGGUAAAGAGAACAUACAACUCUGUGAGGAAACUCCGCAAGAAGGUGAAAUACUCGAUGAAACAACACAACCUUUGCCUGAGCUUGAAGGAUUGUUGCCAGAAAGUAUUGAAGACAUGCCUGAAGAAAUAACCGUAACUGAUGUAGUGGUAAUUACCCCAGAGACAAAAGAUAAAAUAAAAAGAACUCAAAAACGAGUAGUGAAAAAGAAGAAGGAAGGGAAGCAAGAAACGUCAACAGAAAAGAAGGAAAUGGUGGUUGAUAUUGAGGUAUUGAAAAUAUUAAAACCAUAUGAAAGUGAAGUAAUCUUUGAGGAUGUAUCGGAUAUUCCCCAUGAAACGACAGACGUUUUACCUAUGAAAGUGGAAAGCAGCCAACUACCCGAAUUGACUGAGGUAGAAAACGAUCACAACUGUCAAAAAAGAACAAGGCAAAAAGAAAGGUAAUAAGGAAGAAAAUUGUCAAGAAAACUAAAGGUGGUAAAGAAGAUAUCCAAUACAUCGAUGAGAAGCCUGUGAUUCUGGAGGAAGGUAUUGAACCCAUUUCCUGAGUUGGAGAAUGUAUUACCCGAAAAGAUUGAAGAUAUGCCUGAAGAGGUAACUGUUACUGACACUGUAGUAAUCACACCGGAAAAGAAAGAUCGUGUGAAAAAGGCACAAAAACGUGUGAUAAAAGAAAAGAAAGAUGGCAAGCAGGAGGUUUCCACCGAAGAGGAGGAAACGAUAUUGGAUCGUGAGUCGCUAAGUUCAGUGAAACCAGAGGAAGAAGGAGUGACAUUUGAAGAAGUAAUUGACAUGCCAACUGAAAAAGAGUAUUUGCCUGUAAAAGCAACAGUCAGGGACAUACCUGAAGUGACAACCGUUGAAA